AUUUUGACAAAGCCACCGGAAGUGGUGCGCCGUGUCGACGUUGGGUUUGACAGUGGUACCGCGCAGUUGCCUGCCUGACCAGCCCCGGACUGAGCCGAGCUCUUUGAAGAGCCCACAUCAGCAGCCUUACACCACCAUGCUGCGCACCAUUGUGAUGUUCAUCAUUCAUGUGUUUCUUGCGUUCGUCGAUGUGCACAGAGUGAGCUCAUUGGAGGAGUCAGCGUGACUGGAGCUGAACGCAGAGUCCCUGUGAUGCCCCAGGGCGGGCUGAGCUGGCCGGGGUUGAGAUGCCGUACGUGGACCGACAGAACCGCAUCUGUGGCUUCCUGGAUGUGGAGGAGGAUGAGAACAGCGGCCGUUUCCUGCGCCGCUACUUCAUCCUGGACAGCCAGCAGGGCAGCCUGCAGUGGUACAUGGACAACCCCCAGAAUCUGCCUGCAGGUGCAGAGAAGGUGGGAUGUCUCAAACUCACCUACAUCUCUAAGGUCAGCGAUGCCACCAAGCUCAGACCAAAGGCAGAGUUUUGUUUUGUGGUUAAUGCAGGCAUGAGGAAGCUCUACCUGCAGGCCAACGACCAGCAGGACUUGGUGGAGUGGAUCAAUGUCCUCAACAACGCCACCAAGAUCACGGUGCCAAAACCUGGAGAAGGACACAGCAGCCAUGUGGAGAAUCCACAGGAAGUCCUUGGUGCUAUGAAGCAGGUUUCUUACAAAACGGAGAUCGUUGGAGGAGUUCCCAUCAUCACAGCCACGCAGGAGCAGGGGGACAGCGGGUCGGAUCAGGGGAGGCGGGCGCCCAACCAGCUGCCAUUCUUCCUAUCCCGGACAGUCCAGGACCAGCCCUUCAUCAAGGCCGGAUACUGCGUUAAACAGGGAGCUGUGAUGAAGAACUGGAAGAGGAGGUACUUCAUGUUGGAUGAAAAAGCUGUGAGAUACUUCAAGUCGGACCUGGACCGAGAGGCCCUCAGAGUCGUCCCACUAAAGGAGAUCCACAAAAUCCAGGAAUGCAAGCACAGCGACCUGAUAUUGAGGGACAACCUGUUUGAGUUGGUGACCAGCUCCAGAACCUUCUACAUACAGGCUGACAGUCCAGAGGAAAUGCACAGCUGGAUCAAGGCCAUCUCUGGAGCCAUUGUUGCACAGCGCGGCCCGGGGCGGUCAGCAAACACGCACGAUGCGUCAGGCCAGGCGGCUUUCCAGUCCGUCUUUACAGCAGGACACGCCGUCCUGCAGCACGAGUGCAGGGACCCCCAAUAUUCCUCCACCUUCUAUUUCCCCCUGCACCAGGACCCAGACUGCCCCCCAGCAGCUGCUCAGCCUUUCCCUGGAGACGUGCCAGCAGGACAACUACCUCGGUCUUCUGCCUUGGAGGUUAAGCGGCGUCCAUCCCGCGCUGGUGCUCCGCCCCACGCGCCCCCGUCUGUCCCUGCAGGAGGGGCUGCGGUCCUUAGAGUGACAGAGGAGGACCAGUCGCUCCACAGACGUUGCAGCAACGGUGAGGAGGAACGUCCGGACCUUCAAAUGUCUGUGCUCUAAGGGCUGAAAGUGCCAGCGCAUGUUUCUGGGAGUGACACCUACUGCAUCCAGUGGUGUCCCUGCAGUCUUGUUGCACAUGUUGAGAUGCAGAUGGAGCCGACAGGAGAUUUAGGCUCACAGCGGUACUGCAGCACUGUGAGAUUGGCACCGACACAUUCCCUGCUCAAAGGCCAGGUCAGAAGAAGGAUGGGACGUUUGGGAGCGGCUUCAGUUCCAGCCCACGUUCAGAAGGCGCUGAGAGCAGCGGAGCUGUUCAGCACAAACGGGAUUCUUUUUGAGGCGACACCAGCUUUUGUGGCCGGUCGGCGGCGACGCCCCGGCUUCCCGCCUUUUUCUGAGGGCUUCAAAAUCUUUGUAUUUUUCCAGCUGCUGAUCUCUAAUGUCUGGAUGAGAGAUUGAGCUCCAUGUGCAGCGUCUCCGUCCUCCCUGGUGGUGGGUUUUCUGUGUUUCACUGUUUUUUUAUGGUUGUGGGAAAAGGAAGCAACCAAACUCCACAUCCACUUGACUCACUCACUUUUGACAUCAUUGGAAGUCCCUGCAGCCGGGAACACUUUGGUCCUUUCUUUCUAAUCUAUUUAUUAAAGACACUGAACUCCUC